ACAGGGGAGGGGCUUUGGGUGGGUCCCUCAUGUUUAAUGCAUUUUCCUGUUCCCUAUAUCCUGUCGCCGCCCGUUCCUGCAGGGGACUGGAGAAAGGGAGGAACGGUGUUGACAUGUCUGGGCGGUUUUACGCAUAGCCCACCGUGCGUCAAGUUAUAGGGGACAGCCGCGGGGUCUUUACGGAAGUUUGCGUGUUACUGCGUGGAAAGACCCCAUCCCGCCGCGUGGACCCGUCCUGUGCACUGCAGCACGAGCACCUUGCUGAAAUGGGCGUGCACGGAGAAAGCUGGGAGCACUUGGACACCAAACUCAGUUUUUGAGAGUUCCUCUUCGUCACAGAGGCUCGAGCUCGGGAUGCGCGAGUGGACUCCUGCUUGUCUCUGUGGGACAGAGGCGAUAAAGUUGAUGGAGUUGGAGUCGGUGCGUGAUUUGCAAAAAACUAACUGGACAUGAAGCAGCCGGAGUAAAAAGUUCUCUUCAUCACUUCUGCGGCUGUAGUUUAACCUCCGGGGUGUUUUUUUUAAAGGUAUUACGCACGCCUCGUAUCACCUUUUCCCCCGGGGUCACCAAAUUUGAGAGCUUCUAAAGUAAAGUCCUUAUUUAAAAAACAUACUAAACAACUACGUGGUGAGGAGGAUGGAGCCGGUUUGCGGGAAAGUGGGGUCGGGCUCUUUAGUCGCCGGCGGGGGAACCGGCGGCGUGAGUGGUGCGAAAGCGCCCAAACAUCUGUGGCGGCAGCAGAACCAGGCUGCGCUCUCUCCGCUCCACCACCACGCGCUGGUAGUGCGCAAGAACGACCGCGUGAGACAAAGAGGCUUUUCGGACACCGAGAGAUAUCUCAACCCGAGGAACAUGGAUCGGACUUACGCCGUGGACACCGGGCACCGACCCGGGCUGAAGAAAUCCAGGAUGUCGUGGCCGUCGUCCUUUCAAGGUCUUCGACGUUUCGAUGUGGACAAUGGCACGUCAUCAGGUCGCAGCCCCCUGGACCCGAUGGCCAGCCCGGGCUCAGGCCUCAUCCUGCAGGCCAACUUUGUCCACAGCCAACGGAGAGAGUCGUUCCUCUACCGCUCCGACAGUGACUACGACCUCUCGCCCAAGUCUAUGUCCCGAAACUCCUCCAUUGCCAGUGACAUUCAUGGUGACGAUAUGAUUGUAACGCCAUUUGCACAGGUUCUUGCCAGUUUAAGAACCGUACGGAACAACUUUGGUGCAUUAACGAAUAUACAGCAAGACAGAGCAUCCAAUAAGAGAUCACCCAUGUGUAACCAACCCCCCAUCCCCAAGACCACCUUCACAGAGGAGGCCUACCAGAAACUGGCCACUGAGACCCUGGAGGAGCUGGACUGGUGCCUGGACCAGCUGGAGACGCUGCAGACAAGACACUCAGUCAGCGAGAUGGCCUCCAACAAGUUCAAGAGGAUGUUGAACAGGGAGCUGACUCACCUGUCAGAGAUGAGCCGCUCUGGGAACCAGGUGUCCGAGUUCAUCUCCAGCACUUUCUUGGACAAGCAACACGAAGUGGAGAUGCCAAACCCUCAGAACCAGAAGGACAAGGAGAAGGAGAAGGCGAACAAGCCCAUGUCUCAAAUCAGCGGGGUGAAAAAGCUGCAACACUCCUCCAGCCUCACAAACUCCAACAUCCCUCGCUUUGGAGUGAAGACUGAGACCGAGGAUGAACUCGCUAAGGAGCUGGAGCAUGUGAAUAAAUGGGGCCUUAAUGUUUUUAAAAUCUCAGAGUUCUCUGGGAAUCGGCCGCUAACAGUCAUGAUGUACACGAUAUUCCAGGAGAGGGACAUGUUAAAAACUUUUAAAAUUCCACUCGACACCUUUAUAACUUACCUGAUGACCUUAGAAGACCAUUAUCAUGGCGAUGUGGCCUACCAUAACAACAUCCACGCUGCUGACGUCACCCAGUCGACUCAUGUGCUGCUAUCCACCCCUGCCCUUGAGGCUGUGUUCACAGACCUCGAGAUCUUAGCUGCCAUCUUUGCCAGUGCAAUUCACGACGUGGACCAUCCUGGAGUCUCCAACCAGUUCCUCAUCAACACCAAUUCGGAACUAGCCCUGAUGUACAACGACUCGUCCGUGUUGGAGAACCACCACCUAGCAGUCGGUUUCAAGCUCCUACAAGAUGAGAACUGUGACAUCUUCCAAAACCUGACCAAAAAACAAAGACAAUCACUAAGAAAGAUGGUCAUUGACAUCGUUCUAGCAACAGACAUGUCGAAGCACAUGAAUCUACUGGCCGAUCUGAAAACGAUGGUGGAAACUAAGAAGGUGACCAGCUCGGGUGUUUUGCUGCUGGACAACUACUCUGACAGGAUACAGGUUCUCCAGAACAUGGUGCACUGUGCGGACCUGAGCAACCCCACCAAGCCCCUGCAGCUGUACCGGCAGUGGACGGACCGCAUCAUGGAGGAGUUCUUCACCCAGGGUGACCGGGAGAGGGACCGGGGCAUGGAGAUCAGCCCUAUGUGUGACAAACACAACGCCUCAGUAGAAAAGAGCCAGGUUGGUUUCAUAGACUAUAUCGUUCACCCUUUGUGGGAGACGUGGGCUGACCUGGUCCACCCGGACGCCCAGGACAUCCUGGACACGUUGGAAGACAACAGGGAGUGGUACCAAAGCACCAUCCCCCAGAGUCCGUCUCCUGUGCUGGACGAUCCUGAGGACGGCAGUCGACCCCCAGGAGGGGACAAGUUCCAGUUUGAGCUCACCCUGGAGGAGGACGGGGAGUCGGACACUGAGAAAGACAGUGGCAGCCAGCCGGAGGAGGAGGAGGAGGAUGAGGAGGAGGAAGAGGAGGAGGAGGAGGAAGAAGAAGAAGAGGAUGAGGAGGAGGAGGAAGAGGAGGACAACAGCUGUACUGACUCUAAAACACUCUGCACGCAGGACUCUGAAUCCACUGAGAUUCCUUUGGACGAACAGGUGGGGGAGGACGUAGAGGAGGAGGAGGAGGUGGCGGAAAAGGAGAAAACACCUUGCUCGCAACCGUGCGUGGAGGAGGAAGAGGUAGCAGAGGUGGAAGAGGACGAGGAGGACAAGGAGAAAUCCCCCGACACAUAGCAGUUUAUAGACAGCACCUGAUUAACUGUUCUUCUUAGUAAUUACAGAUGAUUAUUUAUAGAAUAUUUUUUGGGUUUUGUGGAGUCUGUCUGUGUUUUUUAUACAUCUAUGUUUAUGGUUCCAAAGCGUUCGCUGCUCUCCACCUUGGCCACUCCUCCCGUCAGCUUUGUUCAGACACGCCCACCGGUACUUCUUCAAGUUUUUUUGCACUCAGGAAAACACCUUUCCAUUCCCAUUCGUACUGAAGUGGUGUGUCUGUAUUUCAAUUCUACACCCCCUCCCUUUUACAAUCCUUACGUUUAGCACACGGAUGAACAGUUCAGAUACAUGACAUCACCUCUUCCUUCCCUCCGCUUCGUCUCAGCCUUGCCUGUUUAGCAGUGUUUUUUUAUCAAGUGCCCAUACUCCACACGGACGUUACCGGUGUGUUCAAGGAGAAUCUCCCUCUCGAUUAGGUCAUUUCCUCCGCGCUACAAAUUAGGAGGCGCACUCCUGGCGUUCUUGCUGAAAAGCCGACGGGACGCCGCGGAGACGAAAGCUGCAGCACACUGGGGGAGCUUUUCAAGACACAUCUCUGAUGUGGUUGUCUUCCUUGAAAACCUGACUGACACAAAGCUCAAAUCUAAACAGCCAUUGACGCUGUCCUAGACCUCUUUCAUUUUUUUAUUGUACUGUAUGUAAGAGUCAGAUAUUUUCUAGACUUUACUUUUGCAAGUCCUUGGUUUUUCUUUUGUUAGCGAGGAAUUUUAUUUCCGGGGAGAAAUGAGUCGCAUACAUCCAGUGUUUCUGAAAGGGGGGUGUCUUUCCAGCCGGGUUACAUUAGGAGUGAUCUGAGGUGCUCCAAUAGCAUUUAUACUCUCCCUGUACCACUGUACUCAUAUUUGGUUUAGUCCUGUGAGCGGAAAUUUGGAUUUACUUUUGGUGAGGAAGCAGAGACCCGAAGUCCCGUGCUUUGCUCUCAUUGAAAUUGUUUUAUGAUGUGGAUGACGCCUUUAAAUUUUUCCUUAUCGUUGCCUGCAGUUCUUUUUGAACACAUUCUGAGACAAUGCAAUGCUUUGUAGUCGAUACAAAAAGCACCUUCUUUUUAGACGCUUGAUUAGUGCUCCGAGUAUACAGAAAUAGUAACAUAAUAAUAGAAAAAAAAAUUACUUGGUGAUUUUAUACCAAUGCUAUCAAAGCCUUUUAUUCUCCUUUCUUUUAUUUCUCUCGCACAUUUUAUUUGACGUGCGCGUCACCAACAGCCUCACACCCGCUCGUCUUCAGCCUCCUCGUUUUUCCUUAAUCUCCAUUCAUUUUAUUUUCAUUUUACGUUUAAUUUUGCCAUCACAACAUUAAACUCAAUGGCUGUCUUUGUUCUCGACAAGACAAUCAGCUUCAUUGCGUGGUCGUCACACGAGUCUAUCCUCUACGUAGAUACUCUAAUGCACUGAUAUAUUCAUAUAUCACCACUUCCAUUCUUUUUAUACGUUUAAACACGCCAAAACACUCACUCAUGCAUUCUUGAGCAAUGCUGUCUUACACCUCGGCCAAGUGACUCUUCAUUCUUUCUCAUGUUUUUAUCAUUUUUUCACUUUACACCUGAUGCUAUUAUUUAUUGCUAUAUUUUUCUAUUUGUCGAAUUGUUUUGUUUGUUUGUUUGUUUGUUUUUUUGCAAUAUAAAGUUGGUACAGUAAAUAUCUCACUGUAGCAUAGACCAGUACAGGCUUACCAGUUACAAUACCCAAAUAUACUUUUCUUUCUCACUUGUACAUAAAAUAUAGAAAAUCAACAAAAGGAUAAAAAACGAAAAGAAAAAAAAAAACACUUGAAAAUCUGCACACUGCUUUUUUUUUUUAACGAGUGCUUGUUUUUAUU